GCAUUGCUGUCAUUUUUGUAGGUAAAAAAUUGCCAAAAACGCUCGAAAGAAAAUCAUAGAACUUUUGUUGUGCGGUUCGUACGUAAAUUUACUUCGUUGUGAAAAUAUUGACGUAAACAAUUCUAAAAUGAGUUGCAACGACAAAGGCGAUAGUAUCUCCAAAGAAGAAUGGCAAUCUCGAUUGGAGACUUUUCCCUUUAAACAAGACGAUAUUAACAAGCUCAUAAUGAAUUAUCUAGUCACAGCGAAAUUUUUUGAAAAAUUAUUUGUUCCAGAGGGUUUCAAGGAGGCGGCCGAGAAAUUCCAAGCGGAAUCCGGCGUCGAACCUUCUGUAGAUCUGAGCUCACUUGACAACAGGAUACUGAUACGGGAAGCGGUACAGAAUGGCCGAAUAAAGGAAGCUACACAUCUCGUGAACCAGCUGCAUCCGGAACUGCUCGACAAUGAUCGCUACCUAUACUUUCACCUACAGCAGCUUCAUCUCAUUGAAUUGAUUAGGGCUGGUAAAAUCGAAGAUGCCCUCACUUUCGCACAAACCCAGAUUUCAGAGGCCGGAGAAAGCAAUCCGGAAGUGUUGAAUGAGUUGGAACGAACACUUGCGCUGUUGGCAUUUGAAAAGCCUCAGAACAGUCCAUUUGCGGACUUGCUCGAUCAAACACAUCGCCAGAAGGUGGCAAGCGAACUUAAUGCAGCUAUAUUAAAAAUGGAACAUCAAGAGCAAUCCAGCCCGCGGAUGAUUAAUGUACUUAAGCUUAUACUAUGGGCACAGGCUGAGCUCGAUAAGAAGAACGUCAAAUAUCCCAAAAUGGUGGAUCUGGCGACGGCGACAAUCGAUCCAAAAUAAGCCCGACACAAAGCAAAUUAAAUAUAUAAUCACAAUGUAAUUAUUCUUAUUUCAUUUCAUUUGUUCUUCGUGUUAUUGACUGUAGAAUGUUAUGUAUGUUGGAGAGAAAAGAUUUUGGUCAGCGGUUCGAUAGUUUCUAUCAAGGUCCUCGAUUUUACCAGACAUCGUAUUCAUAGUUUCAGUCCAACAGACUUUAGAAUAGAGUGCACUUGUGGUAUAAUGGGAGCAGAUUGGUUUGUAUGUUAACGAUAUACAACUCCAACGAAUGAUUUAUGGCAUAUAAUUAUGAGAAAAUUAGAAUUAAAUGAAUGCAAAAUAUGUACACUGAGGAAAUGUAUUGGGUUUCAGAA